CUCGCCAGAUCAUACUUUCGAUGUUUCUGCAAGCGAUCUUGGGCCGCACUCUGGACGAGCGGGAGGUGCGGUACCGCCAGCGCAGCCAGACCAACCAGCGCCGGUACCGCCAGCGCAAGAAGGCGGCGCAUGCCCGCCUCGAGCACGACGUCCUCGCGCUGCGCUGCGCCAACGACGCGCUCACAAACGAACGAACUCCGCUUGGCGCAGGGGGUCUGCGUCGUCCAUGAACGCGCGACGCGCGUCGCGCACGGCUACUAUAGCGUCUUCGAACACGGGCUGCAGGUCGCGGCCAUAGAGAUGCAGCGCGCCUAUCUGCGCAGCGCUAUGUCGCCCAACCUCGUCGUCAUGGGCGAUACGCGGGUCGAUGGCGCCACCAAGCUUCUCGAGCAAGAGCACUUGUACACGACGCUCUUUCACUCACAACACUUGCACCUCGAACACGUCAACGUCGUCGUCGACACGGACGACGACGUUGUCGUCAAGACGAUAGGGCUCCUCUCGCUACGGCUAUCGCGGCGCUCAAUUGAGACCCUCUACCCAAGCCUGGUCGGCGCCGACGAGGGUGCUGUGCAGCGUCUCGUCGGGCGCGUGCUCCAAGUGCGCGUUGUGAGCCACUUUUACAUCAGCAAGACAACGGGACUCGUCGAGGAGCUCGUGGUGGACGCCGACACGAUGCUCGCGGCCGUCAACCUUCUCGGGGACAUUACGCAGUCGCAGCUUGCGCUCCAGAGCUCGGCGCUGCGCCCAACCGGCGAGCUCUACGUCGACGAUAAGAUCUUGGAGCUACCCUAGUCAUUCUCUUUCAAUCCAACACCACACCGAUGGUCAUACGUAACGGCGGCGAUCCAUCCUACCACGGGAAAGACCAUUUUUGCAUGGAGCUUCCAGCACCGACC